AUGGGCUUUGCUGCUAAUGGUCGAACGGCGGAGGACAUCGCUGCAAAUGAGUACACCGGUCACCCUAGUCAGGCGGAUGAAGACCGAAUUACUCGUGGUAGAAAGGAAAUACUGAAGCUUCUCCGACAACAAAAUAAUGAAGUCUCCACGCGUAAUAAAGGAUACGAUCCUGUACUCGUCCGGUUCUAUGAAGAAAGCGGAAUGACCGAGGUGAAGGAGGAUUGUCCGUUGAUAGAAGAAGCAGCUAAGCAGAGCGGGAAAACUGUAGACCAAGUGAAGAACUUCAUCGGCAACUAUCGUAGGUUUAAGAGCGGCAGUAAGCAGAGCCUCUCCACAGACGACAUGGGGGCUGAGAACAUCACGGGAUAUCGUGAAGACUUAGGGAUGUCUGCAAAAACGGGUAAGGUGUAA